AUGGAGCAAAGGCUGUUUGAGGCUUCUCAAAGUGGAAAUAUCCAACUUCUGCACCAGUUGCUUGCAGAGAAUCCACUCCUACUCCAUAGUCUUGCUCUAGAUUCUGCAGAGAACCCGGUACAUGUUGCUUCACUUGCUGACCAUGUUGGCUUUGUUAAGGAGAUUCUAAGGUUGAAACCGGCUUUGGCCAAAGAAAUGAACCCAGAUGGCUUUAGCCCUAUGCAUAUAGCAUCUGCCAACGGAUAUUUGGAGAUUGUAGGGGAGCUUCUGAAAGUUGAUCAAAGACUCUGCCGGCUAAAGGGAAGAGAUCAAUGGACUCCUCUUCAUCAUGCUGCCAGGAGAGGAAGGGUAGAUAUUGUUAGAGAAAUAGUCUUGGCUUGUCCAGAAAGUGUUGAAGAUGUGACAGUACAAGGGGAAACUGCUUUGCACCUUGCUGUUAAGAACAGUCAGUUCGGAGCUGUUGAAGUUUUGGUGAAAUCGGUCACAGAAAUGAGGAAGAUGAACAUCCUGGAUUUGAAGGAUAAGCAUGGCAAUACAGUUCUUCACCUAGCAACAUGGAAAAAACAACACCAGGUGGUGGAAUGGUUAAUUGGAAUUGGGGAUAGUACCCCAGGCGCAAUGGAAGUGAACAACGUAAACCAGAGUGGUCUCACUGCUCUUGAUCUUCUACUACUUUUCCCAAGUGAAGCUGGUGAUCGGGAAAUCUACGACACCCUUAGUGGUGCUGGAGCUUUGAGAGCACAAGACUUGGUCCAUUCUGCUAUACCUUCAUUUGACACUGAUAACCAAACCUUCUUGAACUGCCCCGUGGCAUCAGGGACACAUCAGUUGCAGCAUCCAAAUGAUUUCAUCCAAUACUUCAAGUUCAAAAAGGGCAGAGAUUCUCCUAGUGAUGCGCGCACCGCGCUGUUAGUUGUAGCCGUAUUGGUGACUACAGCGACAUUUCAAGUGGGACUAAGCCCUCCAACCGGUGUUUGGCAGGACACCGAGCUGAAAAAUAAUGGGACUAGCAGUGAACCAACACACAAUGCAGGAACGUCUAUAUUGGGGUCUUAUAACGCAGCUGCAUUUGUGGUUUUCGUGGCUUUCAACUCCAUUGGUUUUUCGGUUUCUCUUUACAUGAUCAACAUUCUCACAAGCAAUUUCCCUUUGCAGUUGGAGCUUCAGAUCUGUAUCAUUGCCAUGUAUUGUACAUACAACACAGCGAUGAUUAGCAUUGCACCGAAUAACACAAAAGUCUUCAUUAUUGUAUUUACUUCGGUUUUGCCUACUGCGGUAUCACUUGCUGCCAAAUCGGUUAGGCAACUUGUUAUGAGGCUUGGAGAACCUCUGGCGUGUAGGAUUGCAGAUGGCUGGAACAAGGAACUGCAGGGGCAGUAUGCUUGCUGCAGGGACAGUGGGCAAGGCAGCGAGGGCUGCUGUGAGGCUGCAGGGGCAGCGAUACAGAGCUGCAAGCGCACAGGCGGGCAGGCUGUAGCGAAGGAGCGCAGGGACGAGUAG